UUAUUAUCAUCCCUUCCUCCCAGAGCCACCGCACAUCCCUAAGAAACACUCCAUACCAUCAUGGGCGGUCUCCUCGGCUGGGCAUAUCGCCAGCGAUGCUGUCCCCCACAGCCACUACCCGCAGACAUCAGACUCGACGGCAAGACGGCCAUCGUGACAGGCGGGAACGUUGGACUCGGGCUCGAAGCCGCCAAACAAUUGGCCGCGCACGGCCUGUCGCGGGUGAUUUUGGGGGUGCGCACCCCAGCCAAGGGGGAGGCGGCAAAGGAAGAAAUCAUCCGGGACAGUCCUGGCUGUGACGUUCAAGUCUGGGCGCUGGAUUACGAGUCGUUCGAAAGUAUGAGAGCAUUUUCCGAGAGGGCGGCGACGCUCGAUCGGUUGGAUAUGGUCAUUCUCUCCGCUGGUCUGAAAUUCAUCGAGUUUAUACAGUCCAGAACCGGACAUGAGAUGCAUGUUCAGGUUCGUCCAACUCCCAACCCUUCUCAGGUCAACCACCUCGGCACAUCGCUCCUCUCGCUCCUCCUCCUCCACCCCCUGCAACACACCGCCAGAGCCACAGGAACGCCCUCCCGUCUGACGAUCGUCACCUCCGAAGUGCACUUCUGGACGCCAUUCAAGGAAAAAGACGCCUCGAACACACUAUCCCGCAUGAACGAGCCCGACUCAUUCAACCCCGGCAUCACGCGGUACAACACAAGCAAGUUGCUGAAUAUGCUCUGGCUGCGGGAGUUGAGUGGCAAAGCCGGUCCGGAUGUCGUCGUCAACGGCGUGAAUCCGGGUCUGUGCUUGAGCGCGUUUCAUCGGUCGGAUACGGGGUUUGGACAGCGGAUGGUUAAUAAGGUGCUUGCGUGGACGUCGGAGCAGGGUGGGCAUUGUCUUGUUGAUGCGGCGGUGAGGCAUCCUGAGGAUCGGGGGGCGUAUUUGAGUGAGCAGGUUGUUACAGAGUCAGUAUUUUUUUUCCCACUUUGGUGGUGGGUUUAGGCUGACUUUUACGAAAGGCCCUCGCCGUUUGUUCUCUCUCCGGAUGGGGCAAAAGCGCAGAAGAAGAUCUGGGAUGAGACUGUUGCUGUCUUGCAGGAGAGUCUUGCUGGGGUGGAGUUGUUGCGGAACCUGGUAGCGGAGUAGAAUGUUUGUGAAGGAUCAUUGACUUUGAUUAUCUGCGUUAUAUUCCAUAUUCCCCUCUGGCAGAUAAAAAUGGCAUAAAUGUUGAAUCUCAAUACUGCGGCCCCGUAGCGACCAGAAAGUCGAAAUCCGCCCCCUCAUGCGCCUGAUUGACCGUCCGUUCAUACAGACCUCUAUACCCCCGGCGAGUCUGCCUCUGCAACCAAAGCGAUGGCUCCUCU